ACACUAUUGGCCUGGACCGCCUGGUUUACGUAUCGGGCCAUUUGGACGCGAGCCCAAUAUAAUUAUUUUUCUUCUUCAAUUACAGUUUACCAGACACCCUAAAAAUCGCAUGGUUUUCACAGUAGUUCCGCUUUUGAAUUCCUAUUCCAUAGUUCAGACUUCUUCCACAUCCGAUCCAGGUAUGCUCCAUCACUUUAUCAAUCAGCAUAGGUUCUUCUUUAAUGGCGAGACUAACUACCAUUAGUUUUGUUUCUUUUUCCACAGUAAGGCGAAAGUGGCAAAGGAAAUUGCAUUAUUACAUAUAGCUGGCUAGAUAGGGGAAGUUGAGAUUGUUUGAACUGCAAAAACUGUUCAAAAUUGGCUGACACCAAAGAGGUAGCAGCAUUCCAACAAUGGCGGAGGUGAAUCAAGCUGCCAGCGAUAUCCCCCCAAACAAGACAAUUUAUAUUAACAACCUCAAUGAGAAAAUCAAGCUCGAAGAGUUGAAGAAGUCGCUUCACGCGGUGUUCUCUCAAUUCGGGAAGAUCUUGGAGGUUUUGGCAUUCAAAACCCUAAAACACAAAGGUCAAGCUUGGGUGGUCUUUGAGGAUGUCUCAUCUGCUACAAAUGCACUUCGCCAAAUGCAUGGUUUCCCAUUCUAUGAUAAGCCUAUGCGGAUAAACUUUGCAAAGACGAAAUCGGACAUUAUAGCAAAGGCAGAUGGUACUUUUGUACCUCGAGAGAAAAAGAAGAAGCAUGAAGACAAAGCAGGAAGGAAAAAAAAGGACCACCAGCAUGAUUCUGCUCAUCAAGCAGGAAUGGGUGUCAAUCCUGCCUAUGGUGGUGCUUAUGGUGUAGCCCCUCCUCUAUCGCAGAUACCUUAUAUGGGUGGAGCAAUCGGUGCUGCUCUACCGGAAGCUCCUGCUCCGCCAAAUAAGAUAUUGUUUGUCCAGAACCUUCCGCAUCAGACCACUCCUAUGAUGCUCCAAAUGCUUUUUCUCCAAUAUCCCGGCUUUAAGGAAGUUAGGAUGGUGGAAGCAAAACCCGGAAUUGCUUUUGUGGAAUUUGGAGAUGAGAUGCAAUCCACGGUGGCAUCUCAGGCACUCCAAGGCUUCAAGAUUGAUGACAAUGCCAUGCUGAUUACCUACGCCAAAAAGUAAACAAGAGUGUGUUCUACAUGUAGGAUUGAAACUGUUGAUGUUUUGACAUCCAUGUUGAUCAACUGAGAUCCUGACAAACUCUGAUAAAUAUUUAAUCUCCUUUUUCCUCAUCUCAUAGUAGAGGCUUACUAUCUGUUCUUUGCCAUACUUGAUUAAUUAAUUUUUCUCCGGU